AAGCCUAGGGCGAGGGGCGCGAGGCGUUCUAAAGGAGCCCUGGAGGGGCUGUUUGGUCCACCAAACCCCAAAGGCUUAGUUGGGGCUCUGCAGUGUCAUGCCCCGGAGCCCCCAGACUGUGCCGAGCUGGGCGCUAUUGCUGCGGCUGCUGGCUUUGCUGCGGCCGCCGGGACUGGGCGAGGCGUGCAGCUGCGCCCCCGCGCACCCCCAGCAGCACGUCUGCCACUCCGCGCUUGUGAUUCGGGCUAAAAUCUCCAGUGAGAAGGUAAUUCCUGCCAGUGCAGACCCUGCUGACACUAAAAAAAUGAUCCGGUAUGAAAUCAAACAGAUAAAGAUGUUUAAAGGGUUUGAGAAAGUUGAGGAUGUUCAGUAUAUCUACACACCUUUUGAUUCCUCCCUCUGUGGCGUGAAACUAGAAGCAAACAGCCAGAAGCAGUACAUCUUGACUGGUCAGGUCCUCAGUGAUGGAAAAGUCUUCAUCCAUCUGUGCAACUACAUUGAGCCCUGGGAGAACCUGUCCUUUUUGCAAAGAGAAAGUCUGAAUCAUCACUAUCACCUGAAUUGUGGCUGCCAAAUAACCACCUGCUACACAGUGCCCUGCACCAUUGCGGCCCCCACCGAGUGCCUCUGGACAGACUGGCUGUUGGAACGAAAACUCUAUGGGUACCAGGCCCAGCAUUAUGUCUGCAUGAAGCAUGUUGAUGGCACCUGCAGCUGGUACGAGGGGCGCCUGCCCCUCAGGAAGGAGUUUAUUGACAUCAUCCAGCCCUAGUGGGGAACAGUGACCACCAUAAUCCUUCAGGAGUCCUGAAGACCAAGCCAGUUCUCCUUCCCUGCAGAGCUCGGGCUAUCACCACCUGCCUCACUGCUGCCAGCCAAUGGGAAGUACCAAGUGGACAGUCUGGCUAGUAUUAGAACAGGGCUAAGGCAUGUUCAGCUUUCAUCUGGACCCCAGCCCAGAACCUGUCAAAGUCUAGGGAUAGCAUGACUUUUCUAUCCUACCCUCAGCCCUUCUCCCCUGCCUCCCAAACCUUUUCAGUCUAGCCAGUACCUAUUACUGAAAGUUUUAAUUCUGGCUUAGAAUCAAAAUAGUUUGGGCCAGAACUAUUCCCUUUUCUAUGAAAAUGUGUUUUCUCUUACCUUAAUUGAUCUGAUAGGGAAGAAAUGUUGAAUGUUAUGUAUAUGAGAUGGUGUAGCCUUCUGAUGUACAAUAUCAGAAGACAGGUUGACAGUAUCAUAAACAGACUGCUUUAGAAGAAUGAAAAGGACAAUAUUAUAGGGCUGCAUAUCCUCUACUCCAGUCUCAACUCAUCCUGAUCCUCUCAUACACUUCCAUCUAUUUAGGAAAGUGACCUGCAGGGCAUAGAGUCAUUUAAUAUGAGACCUACAAUGGCCUAACCUCCCUCUGCAUGCUGUUAUCUCCUCUACACCAUUUCUGGCAGAGGGUCUGGCCCAGUUAGCACACCUCUUAGGAUAAGAAUAGACUUAGGUUUUGUCUCGGCAAGUUAACUAUCCUUAAUGCCUUCAACUGAUGUCCAUAGGGCUUCUUUUCUGUUUCUUUUAGAAAGUCCUCUACUAGAUUACUGAUGUCUUAAUUCCUACUUGAAAACUUUCUUUUUAAGCCAAAAAAAUCUUUUCUCUUGUAUAGUUAAAUUCCCCUUUAGUUUUUCACACCUCGGAGAGAUCUUAAGAGGUCAUUUUUUGAGAGCAAAUUUCAGGAUAGAUGAUAGGACAGGAAUAACACAAGAGACCUUGAGGGAAAAAUGAUGGUAGAUGGAGAAUAUAUUUUUGCAAUUUUUUUCUUCUCCCUCCCUCCCUCCCUCCCUCCCUCCCUCCCUUCUUUUAGUGGUCAGCCUGGCUAGAUAUCACAGCAGGAAAAAUCCAGCUUCACUCCCCACCCUCCCUUUCACUUAGUCCCCUUACCACUGUGUCUUGGAUUCCCUGAGAACCCCAAGCACAAACCCCUUAGGGUUCCUCAGCCUCUGCAGGGCUUCCUUGCCUGUUCUAAAAGGAAAAGUCCUGAUGUUGAUCUCAAGGAUUUAUUAAGGGUGAGGGCCAAAGUUCCAGAGCUUCUCACUGGGGAAGCUCUGAAAAGAUGAAGGAGGUAGUUCUUUUCAAGGCCCAAGGUUGUUAUUAAUCUUCUUUGUGUUGUCUGCUGAUAAGCAGGGCCAUGGACAAUAUGCCAGAAGAAAGCUCUUGAUUCACAGAAAUGGUACAAAUGGAGAUCCCUUUUGGAGAAGGGAUUGAGAGGUAAUACACAUAAUCUCUGUCCCAGGGUACACUUGGAAUGUUAUAGCAGAGAGUCUCCAUUGAUGAGUUAAGCACCAUCACUUACUCACCAGGCAGGCCUGGGACAGAGGAUGUGGGGACAGAAAGGAAGAAGGGAGAAUGAGGUCGAGGUCUCCAUGGAGGAAAACCCAUAGUAACAGCCUCCAUACCAACCAACCAUGCCAACUCUCUGCUCCUUCUGAUAUCCUUGGAUGGCCUCAGAGAAGGCAUAAUGUUAACCCAGUCUUCUCACAAUCUUGACGGAAGCCAAGGGAAUGGAAGGCCCUGGUAGUAAUAACGCCUGACAUGUGAGGGGUGCUUCACACUUUUCCAAAAGGCUAUUACUUAAAAAAAAAUCUCACUUCAAUUGUUAAUGAGUAAAUGUAACUUAGUCCAAUGACGUGGCAGAGUCGGGGCUAGAACCCAAAGCAGUAGAUCUUUUGAUUAAUGCUCCAUAGGUUUGCUACUUUUUCAGUUUGAUAAAUGCCGUGUUUCUGCUCUUCCCUAUUCUAUCUCCAGAUUUUUGAAACAAGGGGCCAUCGGCUAAAAUCCAGCUACUCUGGCCACACAUAGCAGGUCUGCAGUUCAACCCCAACAGAGUGUCUCUGGGGUGGAGAUACUGGAGCCCUCUUCAGAGCCCCAUUGUUACCAUGUGACUAAGCUCAGAGUGGAAACAGUAAAGGAACUGAAGUCCCCACUUGAUCACCUACCAUUUCUUUGUGGUUGGGGUAGUAUGUCUGCUCAAUGAGUGGAAACUUUUCUCCUCCCAAUGUCUUAUAGAUCGCCACCAGCUGGGCAAACUGUGAAAGAAAAGCAAACAUUUCAGCUUAUCUAGACAAUUUAUAGAACAAACUAAACAACAGUCUAUCAAAAAUAUUUAUUGAACAUUUGCUCUGUUGAGGGUUUUUUGUAAAGUGCUCUGAGUAUAUAAAAGAGGUGUUGAACCAGAUUCAGAGCCAGACCCCUUUAUUCCCAAUUCAUAAUUCUUUUUAUUCCUUCAAGUAGCUGCCUUUCAGGCUCUGCAAAAACCAUGCUCUUGCCCCAGGAAACACACAGUACUUUUCUACUUGGUUCAUUCACACUCCCCACAUUCACACCCAUCUUAGUGCAUUGGCAGCAGGGGUAAUUCAGCAUCCUUCCUCUAGUGCUUCUGGGUAACUUCACAGUCUAAGAAACAGAUUUUUGGAAACUGCUAGAAGGAAAAGCUGCCUUCUAUUUUUUCAGAAAAAGGAGAGCUAAAACAUUUUCAAAAGCUCAGAUCCUAUUCUUUAUAAGGGUUGUUGGCACAUGAGCCAGUGGGGAAGAGGGGGCUGGAGUAGUAAAAGCUCAGAACUGGGUUAUUAGAAAACUGGUCUUCUGAUUCUUUUUCUAACUUGGUAGGUAUACUUUGGCAAAUGAUUUCUCCUCUCCAGGCCUAAUUUUCUUCUAUAUAUAAAAUGAGGGAACUGAUCAAUUCCUCAAACUUUUUACCAUAAACAACAUCUUUUGUUAUAUAUCCUCCUGAACUCCAUCAUCAAACUGUAGUUUAAAUGAUCACCUGUUAUGGUCCUUUUGUGAGCAAAGAUAAUUUUUUUACUGCUUUUGAAAUGCUAGAAAACGCUGAAAUUUCUGGAUCAUUUCCCUUAGUAACACAGAGUUGGUGACUCUAGAUUUCUGAAAGUAUGAUUCAUGGACUCUCAAGCUCCUAAGAUUUUAUUAUUGAAAGAGACUUUAGAGAGCUCUGGACCAAACAUCUCAUUCUACAAAUGAGGAGACUGAGGCUAGAGAAGGAAAGGGAAGCCUAGGCUCCCACACCAUGCCUGGAAUUGAGGCUGUCAGGUCUCUUCUUGCCUGGUGCAUUCUUUGUUUUGUACCCUGCUGUCCUCACCAUUCUAUGGUUCUUCAACCUGUUUUCAUUAUCAAGACCAACCCCUCAUACCUUUCCUGCCUCCUCUGAUUCUAUCUACCACCUCAUCUGAUCCUUAAGUCCUGCCUGCCCACCUCAGCCUGGAUGGACUCCUGCUCUGCCUGAGUUUCCAAGGCUCUUCAGCAUCCCUAGCCAGCUCUGCUUAACAACCUCUGUCCUGCUAUAGCCCACGCCCUGGCAUGGUAUCAAGGCAUGUGAGUCUCUAUCUUCCCAACAUGUGGGAGGCUUACACGGGCACCACACUGAUGCCAGGACAGCCCAUAGCAAACUCUCAGAGUCCUGGAACAGCCAGGACUAAAACGGUAGCCAGUUCCCAAGCACUAGUUGGGUCCCUGGGAGCUCACCCCAUCCUCCUCAACCUUAUCUCUAACAGUCCCUGUCUGUUCAAGGUACUGGGUUUGGCACCUAACUCCUACCUCCUUGGAAACUUAGAUUAAAUCACAAGCACACAGUCACCAAUUAAACAAAUGUAAUAUCUGAUAAGGGUUAUUUCCUCUAUGUAUAGACAAAAGAAUGGAUUUGGGAGCUGGGGGGGUGGUGGUAUUGGCAACAAAGAGCAAGAUAAUGUUCUUUAUAACCACUCAUCCAAUGAAUCAGGAAAGACUUCUUAGAAGAAAUGGGAUUUCAAGAUCAGCCUGAAUUUAACAACUUAUCCUUACCCCUCCUGAAAAUAAAACAUUUAAUUCAA